AUGAUGUCUCGACGCGUUUCCUGCCGGUCAGGCCCACGACCGACCGUGGCUGCGGGCAGCUCCGUCAAGCCCCACCGCUUGAUCUCCGACAAGAAGGCACAGUCCCCACUGUUCCAGACACAGCAGCACACCGAGCCAGCGCCGCGCACCCUCAACAAGCUGCAAUUCCGCCUGCCAGAGCAGCCAGAGCAGCCAGAGCAGACGAUUUGCAGGAGGUCGAGCAGUGAACCUGCACUCAAGACGCAGAGGAGCAGCGCUGCUGCUCACCAAGCAGGCCACAAGCCACACUCUUGUAUCCGACCAAUCUUCCUCUCAAGCGGCUCAGGCAGCAGAGCGCAGGUGCGACGGGGCAACGACAAGCGUGACGAUGUUCCGCUGUUCCUGUUUCACGACAGCACGGGCGUAAUUGAGCACUUUCGAAACAUGCUGCCGGCUCUGGACCAAACCUGCUACGGCGUGCAGCUCGAUGACGAUGCGCCCCUGACGACGCUGCGAGAGCUGGCCAAGUAUUACGCCCAAGCCAUUGACAGGUUCCACCCUCGUGGCCCACUUCACAUUGGCGGCUUUUCGCUUGGCGUGAAGACGGCUGCGCUGGCUGCGCUCGACCUCACGGCCCGCGGGCGAGAGGUGGUCAGCUUCGUUGGCAUCGACGACACCAUAACCUUCGACGCCACAUACACGAGCGCUGCCUCCCGCCCGUUGGUGGUGGACGCCAUGCUCAGCCUUCUAGUGAAGCCCGGUGCCAGCAGCCGUGACGCGCUUGGGAGGCUGCUGCAGACGUGCACCGACCGAGAAGAGUUGCAGGCGGCCGUGCUGUCAUUGCCCGCUGAUGAGUACUCGUCCAUUCUUGCGCCGGUGGCUCGCAGCCGCCGUAUGGCAAUGGCCAAGCGGUUCGCCCGUUCCAUCGCCUCCAUCGCCGCGGCCAUGUGCCGGCCCGAAUUUGUUGGGGACGACCUGCGUGACGUGCAGCUGAAGUGCCCUGUGCUGCUGAUUCGCAGCACACAACGCCACCGCCUCUCAUUUGCACGCGCGGCCAACCUGCAGGGCACGUUUCCUGACACGAUAAACGGGGAAUCAUCGACACCAGCAACCACGCGACUCUUGUCCUGCGUGCCUGAGGACUAUGGCAUCACUGCCAAUGUGGCUGGCCGCGUGGAUGUCGUCAUUGUGGAUGCCGCUCAUCAUGACAUGUUUCAGGGCGACAACGCCAAGACCAUUGGGUCCUACCUCUCCGCCUUUCUUCGCCUCCACUCCUGA